GGAGCCUGCGGGCGGCUCAGCACGUGGCGCGCACUAGCUUGGGGGACCUACUGGGACCCGGCCGCAAGCGGGGCGGGGGCGACCCGGCUUUUCUGGCCUGAAACUGGAGGGCGCCGAGCUGACCUCCGUCCGGGGCGGGGGAAGAGGAGCCCAUGGCCAAGACCCGCAGCCCAAGCCUAAGCUAGGACCACAUCCCGGGGUCAGCCCAGGACACCUGGAACUGACCCACCUGAUAACAAGUUUGGGUCUGAAGGACUCAGAGGCCUGCAGCUGCCAAUCAGGAGAAACCAAGACCAACGUCACCAUGACAACCAGUAAUCAACCACAGGACAGGUACAAAGCCGUCUGGCUGAUCUUCUUCAUGCUGGGACUGGGAACACUGCUCCCCUGGAAUUUUUUUAUGACAGCCACUAUGUAUUUCACAAACCGCCUGGACAUGUCCCAGAAUGUGUCCUCGGUCACUGCUGAAGUGAGCAGGAACACCACCGAGGCCUCCGUCACCCCUGCUGCACCCUCUCCAGGGAGGAACUCUCUCAGCACCAUCUUCAACAAUGUUAUGACCCUGUGCGCCAUGCUGCCCUUGCUGCUCUUCACUUGCCUGAACUCCUUCCUACAUCAGAGGAUCCCCCAGGUAGUUCGGAUCCUGGGCAGCCUCGUGGCCAUCUUUCUGGUGUUCCUGGUCACUGCCAUCCUGGUGAAAGUGCAGAUGGAUGCUCUACCCUUCUUCGUCAUCACCAUGAUUAAGAUUAUGCUCAUUAAUUCAUUCGGCGCCAUCCUGCAGGGCAGCCUGUUUGGCCUGGCUGGCCUCCUGCCUGCCAGUUACACAGCUCCCAUCAUGAGCGGCCAGGGUCUAGCAGGCUUCUUCGCCUCCGUGGCCAUGAUCUGUGCCAUUGCCAGUGGGUCUGAACUCUCGACCAGUGCGUUCGGCUAUUUCAUCACAGCCUGUGCAGUUAUUGUCCUGACCAUCGUCUGCUACUUGUGCCUGCCCCAACUGGAAUUCUAUCGCUUCUACAAGCAGAUGAAGCUUGAAGGGCCUGGGGAGCAGGAGACCAAGCUGGACCUCAUCAGUAAAGGAGAGGAGGCAAAACCAAGCAAAGAAGAGUCCAGAACUUCAGCCCCCAAUUCUCAGCCCACCAAUAAAAGCCACUCUAUCCUCGCCAUCCUCAAGAGUAUCUUAGUCCCAGCUCUCUCUGUCUGCUUCGUCUUCACCAUUACCAUCGGGAUAUUUCCUGCUGUGACAGCCGAGGUCAAGCCCAGCAUUGGACUCAACAGUGCCUGGAAACACUACUUCAUUCCUGUGUCCUGUUUCUUAAAUUUCAAUAUCUUUGACUGGCUGGGCCGGAGCCUCACAGCUGUAUGCAUGUGGCCUGGGAAGGACAGCCUCUGGCUGCCCAGCCUGGUACUGGCCCGGGUCGUGUUUGUGCCCCUGCUGCUGCUGUGCAACGUCCACCCUCGCUACUACCUGAACGUGGUCUUCAAGCAUGAUGCCUGGUUCAUCUUCUUCAUGGCCACCUUUGCCUUCUCCAAUGGCUACCUCGCCAGUCUCUGCAUGUGCUACGGGCCCAAGAAAGUGAAGCCCACAGAGGCAGAGACAGCUGGAGCCAUCAUGGCUUUCUUUCUGUCUCUGGGCCUGGCACUAGGAGCUGUCUUCUCCUUCCUGUUCCGGGCAAUUGUGUGACAGUGGAUGGACCCGAGGACAGUGUUGACUGCCGGCUCCUGCCCCUUUCUCAUCCUUGCAGGGAUGGCCAGGGGUGGACUGAAGGCAGUCUCUUCUAGCAACUUCUGCUUUCCUCACUGUCUCUGUGGACAUAGGUACCCAGGCCAGGUUGAAUAGUGGGGACAAAGUGGGCUGGAGUAUCUGAGUCCAGGGGUGGGGCUUAAUCCACUCCAGUCCCUCCACGCUUACCUCUGACUACAAUUUGACCAGGGCACAGUAGGCUCAGGGUCUUAGAGUGGGUCUGUGUGUGGUGUGUAUGUGAAUAUGUGUGUCUGUACUAGAGAUGGCUAAAGGGCAGCAACUAUCUGUUCUAAGGUCCCAUCUGAUAUCCCCACCCCCUUUCUCUGCUUGUACUUCCUCCUCCCACCUCUCCAUGUCCCUCCCCUAUUCCCCCUGCCUUGUUCCUACCCCAUUGUUUCUCGCCAUCGUAUGCUCUGUACAAUUGCCAUUUCACUGCCUUUUUAAAAAAAAAAAAAAAUAUAUAUAUAUAUAUAUAUAUACACACACACACAUACAUAUAUAUAUAUAUACUCACUCAACAGAAACCAGGUGCCUUCAGAGGCUGACAAAAUAAAGCAUUUUUUUUUCCUCCUA